GGUUGACGUCAUGACGUUUUAGAAAUCAGGAAGUAUUCUACGGCAACAAACAAUCCCAAUUUUGUUGUCUUGUAACCUGCUUUAGUAGAGAGUAUGCCACAGUCUCACUGUAAAGUUAAUGUCUUAUGUGAUAGUGAUGGUUAGGUGCCGCAAAAAGAGGAAUGCGCGAGAUAGUUGAGAAAAAUCUCAUCAGAGAGUUAACUAAUGGUCGUCUUGUAGCCAGCAAUCAGCUGUCAGUUUUGCUAGCUAGGGUAUUUUGAGUUGCAAUAAUGGUUAUUUACAGUGCCUCAAGCUAUGUUCUCUUAGGUGUGGCAAACCUAAUCAUUAUGUCUGCAUGUAUGGACUAUUGUGAUACUAUUGAAAGCUGUCACGGUCAUGAUGACACUAUGUCAGACCGACAACACUACAUUCAUGCUUUCAACUUCAACAAGAGUGUGGAGAAACACUUGCACGAUUUGGACCACUUCAAACUGUCGUGUAAAAAGCUAUUAGAAGCCUUCCCCCUUGACCAAGUGGAUGGCAUCUUUGUUCGCUCUGUGAAGAACUGCAUUUUUUCAGAGUCUGACCCAACCCCACUCAAAGGCCCUCUGAGACUUGGGGCUGUUUCAAAGGAGGUCAUUGAGGGAAUGUUGGAUCUAGAUGUUGCAGUGUCCCAGUCAGAGGAUUUCCUACAGUACUUCAGUGGUGGUAGACUUUUUCCUGGAUCCAGCCCUCUGACACACAGAUAUGGGGGUCACCAGUUUGGCUACUGGGCAGGCCAGUUAGGAGAUGGCCGAGCACAUCUCCUUGGUGAAUAUACUAGCAGAAAGGGUGAAAGAUGGGAACUCCAGCUCAAAGGCUCAGGAAAGACUCCAUAUUCAAGGUCAGGAGAUGGCCGAGCUGUGGUCCGCUCCUCAGUCAGAGAGUUCCUUUGCAGUGAGGCCAUGCACUUUCUGGGUGUUCCUACCAGCAGAGCUGCCAGCCUUAUUGUAAGUGAAGAGGCCGUGUGGAGGGACCAGUUCUACAAUGGGAAAGUGAAGAAGGAGAGAGGAGCGGUUGUUCUGCGGCUGGCCACGUCAUGGUUCCGGAUCGGAUCGUUGGAGGUUCUGGCUAAAGCUGAAGAACUUGAUCUUUUAAGGAAACUGUUGGACUUUGUGAUACAGGAACAUUUUCCUUCCAUUGAUUCAAAUGAUCCAGGCAAGUAUUUGAUAUUUUACUCCAGGGUUGUGAAUGAGACUGCUCACCUCAUUGCCCAGUGGAUGUCUAUUGGCUUUGCACAUGGAGUAUGCAACACUGAUAACUUCAGCCUACUGUCUAUCACCAUUGACUACGGACCGUUUGGCUUUAUGGAAGCCUACAACCCAAAUUUUGUCCCCAACACAUCUGAUGAGGAGGAGAGGUACAGUAUCGGGGCUCAGGCCAAUGUUGGUCUGUUCAACCUGGAGAAACUCCUAGAAGCCCUAACUCCAGUGCUGACCAUAGAACAGAGGCAAGGGGCUGGGCUAAUACUGAAAGGGUACCCACAUAUAUACCAGAUGAGGUUUCACAAGCUGUUCAAGGCAAAGUUAGAUUUACUUGGCGAGGAGGAGGAGGAGGAUGAAUAUCUCAUUGCAUUUCUGCUUAAGCUGAUGGAGGACACAGGUGCAGACUUCACCAUGACCUUCAGACAGCUGAGUGAAGCCUCAAUGCAGCAGCUUCACAACAUGUCCAACUUACAGGUGAUGUGGGCCUUGCAGAACCUGGCUUCGCAUAAGAGGUACCCGGAGUGGGUCAGCAUGUACCUGCAUAGACUAAAAAGGCAGGGAGGUGAUUCUGAUGAGGAUCGUCAACACAGGAUGAAAAGGAUCAAUCCCAGAUAUGUGCUGCGGAACUGGAUGGCAGAAUCUGCAAUACGGAAGGCUGAGGGGAAUGAUUUCUCAGAGGUGGAGCUGCUGCAGCGGACACUGGCACAACCCUACCUCACACAGGACGCAGCAGAGGAGGCAGGUUAUGCAGCACAAGCCCCAUGGUGGGCCCAGGGGUUAAAUGUCAGCUGUUCGUCAUGAGGGAUGCCUCUGCCCCAAUGACAGGACGUAUAUUUGUAGUGUAUUCAGAAUGUGUUCAGUGCAAAACAUUUCUCUUGAACACGUCAUUCAGGAUAACCAGUAUCUGCAUUGUUUAGUAACGGAUGUUUGACUUUUCACAAUUAUCUUCCUAGCUAUCGUGGUGGAAUUAUUCUGGAACAAAACAUUUAUUUCAGUACUUUGCACACAAAGAAACAUUCACGCAACUGUUGGAUGACCAGAACCCUGAUUGCUGACCUCAUGUGAUUGAAUAUAAAGGAAAGGGCACAGAUGCAAUUUUGCAAACACUCAUAACAUGUAAUGACAUUUAAUUUAUAGUACAGUCAUGCUGAGCAACAUUACCCUUUCAUUUUUUAGAAAACAGUCUCCCUUCGCCUCCAAGACGCAUUUAAACAGUAAUAAUCUAACCUUGAGGAAAUGCUUCCACUUUUCAACCAUCACCAUACUAGUCUAUAUGUAUGAAAACUGCACAUUUCUACAUUCUUUGGUCAAAAAGAUAUGGGUCAAUGUUUUUAAAUAAUACCCUAUGACAGAUUAGGGUGAAUCUUAAGCAUUUGAUAGUGUAAAACAUUUCCCCCUUUGAUAUUUUCAAAAUAUACCCCACCCCCUAGGGAAUAGGGUGCCAUGUGGGACUCAGCCCUUUACCAGCAAAUGUUAUUGAACACAAGGUGUAUAGGUACUUUGUAGAAAGUACAAAUAAAAAGAGGGCAGAAGUUCCCGCUCACAGUCCUCCCAAGUAUACACAACCAAAUGUGAGUAAUUUAUUGCUCAGAAUAUAUUAAAUUCUUUGUGUAAAGUGUUUACCAAAUCGCUGAGCCAUAAUUUGGUAGAGGGAACUUCCUUUUUCCAAAAUGAGACACAGUUGUUAGGGCUUGGUUAAUCUGUUUAGGGUUUGAGACUCCCAGGAUGAUCAGAGGCAGGUCUGGGUCAAUUGAAGUCUCCAGAAAUUCAGAGAGGAUCCGAAAAAUUCCAGACCAAUAACCAUGCAGGUUAGAGUAUAGGACAAAGCAGUGGACUAAUGUACCCUCCAUUGCAUGACAUAUCACAUAGGGGAGGUAUCAGGAAAUAUCCUAAGCAGCUUAGUUUUGAAAUAGUGUAAUCUGUAAGAUCUUGAAAUGUAUUAGACAAGAUCUCAAGUUAAUUGAGCAGGUGUGGCCAUCCUCCCAGUGCAACAGAAAUGACAGUGUAGUUCUUCCUCCCAUUUUGCCUUAAUGGCAUCUGUUUAGGGUGUGAAAAGUCAGACGAGAUAUCAGUUUGGCUGUGGUUUGACAUUUUGAUUCAAACAUUGAAGGUUUAGCAUUUUCAAAUUAGAUGUUUUAAUUGGAAUCUGUAGGUAUCAGAAAGUUAUUUCUGGGAAGAUUAUAGGUUCCCUCAGCAAAUCAGAGGCCAAGGUCAUGUGUAUAUUAAACACACCUAAAGUUUGGCCACCUACUCAUUCCAGGGUUUAUUUAUUUUUAAAAGUUUCUACAUUGUGAAAUAGUGAAGACAUCAAAAAUAUGAAACAUGUAAGAAAAAAUGGUGUUAAAACAAAUAUAUUUCAUGAGAAUCUUCAAAGUAGCCUCCCUUUGCCUUGAUGACAGCUUUGCACACUAUUGGCAUUCUCUCAACCAGGUUCAUGUUGUCACCUGGAAUGCAUUUCAAUUAUUAACAGGUGUGCCUUGUUAAAUGAAUUUGUUGAUUUGCUUUCCUUGAGCCAAUCAGUUGUGUUGUGACAAGGUAGGGGUGGUAUACUUAAACCCUAUUUGGUUAAAGUCCAUAUUAUGGCAAGAACAGAAACAGCCCAUCAUUACAUUAAGUUUCUUCAAGUGCAAUCGCAAGAACCAUGAGCUAUGAAGCUGGCUCCCACGAGGAACUCCACAGAACAGACCGAGUUACCUCUUCUGCAGAGGAUUAGUUCAUUAGCGUUAACUGCACCUCAGAUUGCAGCCCAAAUAAAUGUUUCACAGAAUUCAGACAUCAACUGUUCAGACUCAAAGAAAAUCAGGCUUUCAUGGUUGAAUUGCUGCAAAGAAACCACACCAAGACGACUUGCUUGGGCCAAGAAGCAUGAGCAACGGACUUUAGACCAGAUGAAAUCUGUCCUUUGGUCUGAUGAGUUUGGAUCCAACCGCCGUGUCUUUGAGACGCAGAGUAGGUGAACGGAUGAUCUCUGCAUGUGUGGUUCCCACUGCAAAGCAUGGAAGUCUGAUGGUGCUUUGCUGGUAACAGUCUGAUUUAUUUAGAAUUCAAGUCUGGCUACCACAACAUUCUACAGCGAUAAGCCAUCCCAUCUGGUUUGCGCUUAGUGGGACUAUCAUUUGUUUUUCAACAGGACAAUGACCCAAUACACCUCCAGGCUGUGUAUGGGCUAUAUGACCAAGAAGAGUGAUAGUGCUGCAUCAGAUGACCUGGCCUCCACAAUCACCCGCCAUCAACCCAAAUGAGAUGGUUUGGGAGGAGUUGGACCGCAAAGUGAAGGAAAAGCAGCCAAGUGCUCAGCUUGUGGGAACUCCUUCAAGACUGUUGGAAAAGCAUUCAUCAUGAAGCUGGUCGAGAGAAUGCCACGCGUGUGCAAAGCUGUCAUCAAGGCACAGGGUGGCUACUUUGAAGAAUCUCAAAUAUUGAGUCAUUUAACAUUUUUUGGGUUACUACAUGAUUCCAUGUAUUAUUUCAUAGUUUUGAUGUCGUCACUAUCUACAAUGUAGAAAAUAGUACAAGUAAACAAAAACCCUUGCAUGAGUAGGUGUCCAAACUUAACUGGUAGUGUAUAUAUACAUGGACACAGCCCUUUACUGUCCCCAUGGAGAAGCAAACCAAGACAAGCACUGUAGUCAAGUGUUUAUUUAUUGUACAUGUCAUAAAUAGUGAGUACAUACAUGGUGAGCUUUAAGAGUUAAUUCGUAAGUGUAGAGGAUAACAAUAAAAGUGCAUUUACUUCACUUGUUACAAUGUGCUCGUGAAAAAUUA